AUGACUUCUUUUGUAAUAAACAUUUGAUUGCUUUGAUUUAAUUUAGGCAUGGAAGUAUUUUGAACCGAGAGUCACCAACAGAUAAGAAGCAGAAAGUCGAGCGCAUUGUAUCACAUGAUUUUGACCCUGCAGAUAGCUCCUCCAAGAAGACAAAGUCUAGUUCAGAGGAGAGUAGAUCCGAGAUAUAUGGUCUUGUUCAGCGUUGUGUAAUAAUCCAGAAAGAUGACAAUGGAUUUGGGCUGACGGUCAGUGGAGACAAUCCAGUCUUCGUACAGUCUGUCAAAGAAGAUGGAGCAGCCAUGCGGGCUGGAGUACAGACAGGUGAUCGAAUCAUCAAGGUGAACGGGACUCUGGUGACUCAUUCAAACCAUUUGGAGGUGGUGAAGCUAAUCAAAUCUGGUUCCUAUGUAGCUCUCACUGUUCAGGGACGCCCACCUGGGUCGCCCCAGAUUCCACUUGCUGAUUCUGAAGUAGAGCCAUCAGUCAUUGGACAUAUGUCUCCCAUCAUGACAUCCCCUCAUUCACCUGGAGCAUCUGGGAAUAUGGAGAGAAUCACUAGUCCUGUGCUUAUGGGGGAGGAAAACAAUGUGGUUCAUAACCAGAAAGUAGAAAUUCUGAGAAAAAUGUUACAAAAAGAACAGGAACGGCUGCAGUUAUUACAGGAAGAUUACAACCGAACACCUGCCCAAAGAUUGCUAAAAGAGAUCCAAGAGGCCAAGAAACACAUUCCUCAGCUGCAAGAGCAGUUAUCCAAAGCCACAGGCUCUGCUCAGGAUGGAGCUGUAGUUAUACCCUCUAGGCCUGUAGGUGAUACCCUAACAGUGAGUGAGGCAGAAGCAGAUACUGGAGAUGGACUGAGCAGGACUGACAGUAGCAGUGGAGAUGCUUCUCGGCCCGGCAGUGACAAUGCUGAUAGCCCCAAGAGUGGCCUGAAAGAGAAGAUUUAUCUAGAGGAAAACCCAGAGAAAAGUGAAACAAUUCAGGACACUGACACUCAAUCACUCGUUGGAAGUCCUUCAACGCGUAUAGCACCUCAUAUUAUUGGAGCAGAGGAUGAUGAUUUUGGUACUGAGCAUGAACAGAUCAAUGGGCAGUGCAGCUGUUUUCAGAGCAUUGAACUACUAAAAUCUCGCCCGGCUCACUUGGCUGUUUUCUUACACCAUGUAGUUUCACAGUUUGACCCUGCAACCUUGCUCUGUUACCUCUAUUCAGACCUGUAUAAACAGACCAAUUCUAAGGAAACGCGUCGCAUCUUCCUGGAGUUUCAUCAAUUCUUCUUGGAUAGAUCUGCUCACCUGAAAGUUUCUGUUCCUGAGGAAAUAUCUGUGGAUCUAGAGAAAAGACGACCUGAACUUAUUCCUGAGGAUCUACAUCGUCACUAUAUCCAAACUAUGCAAGAAAGAGUUCACCCAGAAGUUCAGAGGCACUUGGAAGAUUUUCGGCAGAAACGCAGUAUGGGACUGACCUUGGCUGAAAGCGAACUGAUUAAACUUGAUGCAGAGCGAGACAAGGACCGGGUAGCUUUGGAGAAGGAGCGGGCAUGUGCAGAACAGAUUGUUGCCAAAAUUGAAGAAGUAUUGAUGACUGCUCAGGCUGUAGAGGAAGAUAAAAGCCCUUUCUCCUCCAGUUCCACAAUGCAGUAUGUUAUUCUCAUGUACAUGAAACAUUUGGGAGUAAAAGUGAAAGAACCUCGAAAUUUGGAGCACAAGCGAGGUCGGAUUGGAUUCCUUCCAAAAAUCAAGCAAAGUAUGAAAAAAGAUAGAGAGGGUGAAGAAAAAGGGAAGCGAAGAGGAUUCCCCAGCAUCCUGGGUCCCCCGCGGAGACCAAGCCGUCAGGACAACAGUGCAAUUGGCAGAGCCAUGGAACUACAGAAGGCACGCCACCCGAAGCACUUACCUACGCCCUCAUCUGUGAGUCCUGAGCCUCAGGAUUCUGCUAAGUUACGCCAGAGUGGCUCAGCAAAUGAAGGCGCAGACACUGGAUACCUGCCUCCUAAUUCCAUGUCUUCUGUAGCUUCAGGGGCCACUCUUUCCCAGGAAGGAAGUAAAGAGAAUGAUACAGGAUCCAAGCAAGUUGGAGAAACACCAGCAUCUGGAGACUCCUUAGAUGGCACACCUCGUACUCCCAAUACUGUCUUUGAAUUCCCACCUCCUUCAUUGGACCAAGUACAGGAGGAAGAAUACGAAGUAGAAAGGGUGACUGAACAUGGGACACCAAAGCCCUUCCGGAAGUUUGACCCCGUAGCUUUUGGAGAAAGUCAAAGUGAGGAUGAACAAUUUGAAAAUGACUUAGAGACAGAUCCACCUAACUGGCAGCAGCUUGUUAGUCGGGAAGUGUUACUGGGACUAAAACCUAGUGAGAUCAAGAGACAGGAAGUGAUUAAUGAAUUGUUCUACACUGAAAGAGCUCAUGUUCGAACACUUAAGGUUCUUGAUCAAGUGUUCUAUCAGCGAGUGUCUAGAGAAGGAAUUCUGUCACCUUCAGAACUACGGAAGAUUUUUUCAAACUUGGAAGAUAUUCUUCAACUUCAUAUUGGGUUAAAUGAGCAAAUGAAGGCUGUUCGAAAGCGAAAUGAGACCUCUGUUAUUGAUCAGAUUGGGGAAGAUUUGCUGACCUGGUUCAGCGGACCAGGAGAGGAGAAGUUGAAACAUGCUGCUGCUACCUUUUGCAGUAACCAACCUUUUGCCCUGGAAAUGAUCAAGUCUCGUCAGAAAAAGGAUUCUCGAUUUCACACUUUUGUGCAAGAUGCUGAAAGUAACCCACUGUGUCGUCGUCUUCAACUAAAAGAUAUCAUUCCUACCCAAAUGCAAAGGCUUACUAAGUACCCACUGCUACUGGAUAAUAUUGCCAAAUACACAGAAUGGCCAAUGGAAAGGGAGAAGGUGAAGAAAGCUGCAGAUCAUUGUCGACAAAUCUUAAAUUAUGUGAAUCAGGCUGUUAAGGAGGCAGAAAACAAACAGCGCUUAGAAGACUAUCAGCGCCGCCUUGACACCUCCAAUCUGAAGCUGUCAGAGUACCCAAAUGUUGAAGAGCUCAGGAAUUUGGAUUUAACAAAAAGGAAAAUGAUUCAUGAAGGUCCAUUGGUUUGGAAGGUGAAUAGAGAUAAAACUAUUGAUCUGUACACGUUGCUCCUGGAAGACAUUCUUGUAUUAUUACAGAAGCAGGAUGAUAGACUGGUAUUAAGGUGUCAUAGUAAGAUUCUGGCAUCUACAGCUGACAGCAAGCACACUUUCAGCCCGGUCAUUAAGUUGAGUACAGUGUUGGUUCGACAAGUAGCAACAGAUAACAAAGCUUUAUUCGUCAUUUCCAUGUCAGACAAUGGAGCCCAAAUUUAUGAACUGGUGGCACAGACAGUUUCUGAAAAGACUGUCUGGCAGGACCUAAUCUGUCGAAUGGCUGCAUCAGUGAAGGAGCAGUCCACAAAGCCCAUUCCAUUACCACAGUCACCACCUGGAGAAGCAGACAAUGAUGAAGAAGAACCUUCAAAAUUGAAAGUAGAACAUCAUGGCAUUUCAGUCCCUGGUCUGCAGAGUCCAGACAGAGAUUUGGGAUUAGAAUCUCACUUAAUAUCAAAACCUCCGUCUCAUUCACUGAAUACCUCUGGGAAAUCAGAGGUAGGCGAUCUCUUUGUGGCUGAGAGACAGUUUGCAAAGGAGCAGCAUGCAGAUGGAACACUGAAGGAAGUUGGAAUAAAUUAUCAGAUUGCAAUCCCAGAUCCACACUUGUCUGUUUCAGAAGAACGGUGGGCGUUGGAUGCAUUAAGGAAUUUGGGUUUGUUGAAGCAGUUGCUGAUUCAACAGCUAGGUUUGACUGAGAAGAGCACUCAGGAAGAUUGGCAACAUUUCCCAAGUUAUAGGACAGCCUCUCAGGGGGUACAGGCAGACAGUGGACUCCAGACCUCUGAAAAUGCUAAGGUCUAUCAUCCUGGUGAAGAACAGAUGCCUUUUAGAACUGGAACUGGUGACAUUGCAACUUGUGAUAGUCCACGGACUUCAACUGAAUCUUCUGCUCCACGGGAUUCAGUGGUACUGGCAUCCCAAGAUAGCCAGGCAAGUAACAUUUUAGUAAUGGACCACAUGAUUAUGACCCCAGAGAUGCCUACCACAGAACCAGAAGGGGGUCUUGAUGAGAGUGGAGAGCACUUUUUUGAUGCCCGUGAAGCACAUAGUGAUGAUAAUCCAUCAGAAGGUGAUGGAGGAGUUAAAAAGGAAGAGAAGGAUGUUAAUUUACGCAUCUCAGGAAACUAUUUGAUCCUUGAUGGCUAUGACACAGUGCAGGAGAGUUCCACAGAUGAAGAGGUUGCUUCCUCACUGACCCUGCAACCCAUGACAGGCCUCUCCUCUACGGACUCCAUCCACCAGCAGCCACAUUCUCCCCCAAAUGCUCAUUCUGAUGGGGCAGUCUCACCAUUCACCCCAGAAUUCCUAGUCCAGCAGCGCUGGGGAGCUAUGGAGGAUUCCUGUUUUGAGAUCCAGAGUCCCUCCUCUUGUGUAGAUUCACAAAGCCAGAUCAUGGAGUACAUUCAUAAGAUAGAGGCUGACCUUGAACACUUAAAGAAGGUGGAGGAAAGUUAUACCAUUCUUUGCCAAAGGCUGGCUGGAUCAGCCCUCACAGAUAAGCACUCAGAUAAAAGUUAGAGCCGUGUGUCCUGGAGGUGACUGCAGGUUGUUGGAUUUUGAGCAUCGGCCUUGUCUCAUCACAUCCUGGCUCCAGUGUGGAUGCAGAGAGUGUGUGACGGAGGAUCUGCCUGUGAACCACCUGGGGUUAGCCAUGUCCCAAGGUGCCCAGAGCGGGACUAAUUCUUCACAGCGUGGCAGCUGCACUAGUCUGUCAGUGAGGGAAUAUCCAUUCUCUCACUCUACUCUCCUCACUAUUGAAAAUUCAUUUUGAUUCAGAACAAAAACCAAAUGUAUAGAGCUUUGGGUGUAGGAUAUGAAAUUGUACUUAGACAUAAGGAAAAGAGAAAAUCAGAUGUAUUUAUUUGACUUCAUUCCGUAUUUGAAAGCACAUUUUAAUUUUUAUUUUGCCUUGUUUUGUUCUAAUUGAGUAGUGAGAGUUUUAGCCCUUUGUAUUUAGUACACCCAAGGAUCAGUUGCUCCUGAAGCAAAGAGGUCAGGAUGGGGUAUUAGGAGGUGGGGUAGAGAGGUGACUGAGUGGAGGAAGUGGGAAGGGGGAGGGAGGAGCAUCCUGUCUUCAUGAGACUCUACUCCAUGCCCUCUACUGUCUGGUAGGCUGCUUUUCUGAGGGUCACCUCAAGGCUCUGGUAUCUGCCCUGUGGCUCUUUGGAGCGCAGGACUUGAGCUGUGUGCUGCCCGGUGGUGGGCGAGAGUAGUUGGGCUUCCUCCCACCUUGAGGCCAGCGCCGCCUCUCUCUAGCGGGAUGGGAUCAACCCCCCACUAACAGGAACCUCAGUGCACUAAAUAGCAGGCACUCGAAAAUGGGUGUGUUUUCUUCUGUCGUUGUCUUUUCUAUUGAGGGUUGGGAUUUGGGAGGGAGAGGAAAGCAAAUUUUAUUUUCUUGACUAUAAAUUUGUUAUUCUUGGUAUUGUUUCAUUUUUAUAAUUAUACAUUAGACAUCGGCACUUGUGAAAAACUGCCCCUGCAGACUGAGCAGGAAGUAAAAACAAACAAAUAGAAAUGCUUCCGGUGGUGGUAGGGUGGGGGUUGCUAAGGAAGGGUGGGAUGGGAGUAGAGUUCAGGAAGGUUAUCUGACUGAAUCACUGCUGAGUCGGACCAUGGCUGUCACUGGCCACGGGUACUGCUGAUUAUAAGGCCAGUAAAAUUUUUAGUACCUGGAGGUUUGACUCUAAUUUUUGCACUGAUGGUGCCAAAGGGCUUUGAGUCAAAAAGGGAGCCAAGGGUGGAGUGCAGAAAGAUGUGGUGGCGGAGGCAGAACUGCUCACACCAUCUCCAGAAGCACUUCCUCUGACUUUGCUCCUGUAGCUCUUUCCACACUGGGCCGUGAAUGACCUUAAAAAUUGCAGACCAGAACAUACACUGGAUACUGGAGGCAAGGUGUUGGUAACUGCCUGCUCUAGAACAAUUAGUAGUAUGGGCAGCACCCUGCAGAGGAUAUUUCAGAAUUGUAACUUGAGAACUCCAGUUAUAUUGGCUUUCUGUGGUUUUCUUUGUGCAUUAGGUAUAUAUGUUUUGGAGUAUUUUUGCCAACUAAAAUGAAAUCUGUAAAUUCUGUCAAUAAACAAGGAGUUCAUCCAUUGCUCACAUGUAGUGCCCUCUGAACUCUGUGGGUUGCCAGGAUGUUUGAUUCUUUCCUGCAGUCCAAUUUAAAAAAAGAUUUUUCUCACCCCAAAUGGUAAGGAUUCCCACCAACUUUUACAAACACCACUACAACUUAACAAGCUUAUUUAUGUGUGUAAAGAUUCCUGUUUCUGUCCUUUCAAAACUGAUCUCUUUUUUUUAGGUAGAUCAACUUGGAUCUUUGGACCUCAUCUAUAAAUUAGAAUUAUAUUUUUAGUCAUAAACCAAGUAUUUAACUCAGAAUGAGAUUAAAAAUUUUAGUAGCAGAAACUGAUAUAUAAAUGAAGCUUGAAACUUGGAACUUCCAUAUGUCUUAGGAGGAACAAAUAAAAACCAAAUGGUUAUAUUGUGCUGCUAGAAAUAAUGUAGUCACGCCUAUCCAAAAGGGUUACACCUAUAGCCACUUGACUCGAACGCCACCAGGUGGCAGUUAAUCAGGAGAAAAGUAAACAUAAUAAAACUUUCACCUUAACUUUAGACACUACAGGGUAAUUACAUAAUUCUCUAGCACUCAAUUAUGAAGCUUCUAGGUUAGCAAAGCUUCAGUUUCUUUUCUAGCUCAGAGAGUAUCUUGUCCUGAGUAAUUGUUUGCUUUUCUUUUCCUACCACUUAAUGUCUCUUUAGAACUCUUAUAAGGUUAAUUGGAAAAAUACUUUGAACUUAGCUCUAGUACUUCCAAAUAAAUUCAUAUCUAGAUUUUCAAACAAAGCCCCAGAGUGAAGUCUAAUUCUGAAAAGAUUUCAAAAUUUUGAGUGUUCUUUUCUCUUACCAGCCUAACUUCUUCCCUUCUUCCUCCCAUUGUGGCUUCCCUUAACUUUUAUUUCAUUUUAGCCAUUAUAAUCACAUCCAUUUGACUUUAACAUUAUAUGUCUCUUUCAGAAUGAUUAAAUUAGUUGCUGUUGUUAUUAUUAUUAUUAUUUUGGUCCACAAGUGAGACUGAUUGCUAUCAAAGUACUUUUCUUUAAGUUCUGUGACUAGAAGUUGAAAUCUACUUCCAUGGGUAUAAGGGUAGUGUACAAAGCAACCUUCCUAGAGCAAGAAAUCUGUGUUUUUGCUGUUGAAGUGACUUGCUAUGACACUGAGCUCUCGUCUGGGCUUAAUGCCUCCUUUGGUAUUAAAUGGGAAAUUACAUUUGGAGUGUCUCCUUCCUUUUCAGAGAACAGAGUUAAUCAAGGCAAAUCAGCAAGCCCCCAAAGUGCUGUAAUUUAAAGUCAUUACUGCCUUCAAAGCCAUAUACUUUGCAUACUUUAAAAUCAGCUAACUUGGACUGCUUGUUGAGGUAUGUUGGUGUUGAGAACCUAAAUUUUAACUGUUUAUUAUAUUGCAUGGGAGAUAUUUUUCAUAAGCUUUUUAGCUUUCAUUUCCCCAAAACAAUUUCUAAUGACUGUUAGAAAGGAUGAGUUCCCCCUUUAAGAGUUUCUUUAUUUGCUUUUGGGGGAGGAAAGGGAGGAGCUACUAUGAUGGCAGAGGAGAAAAGUCCACCUUUUUCUUAUUUUUAGAAGCUAAAGAAAAUAAUUAUACUUCCUGUAAAUUGUCUUUUAUAUGGAUCUUUUUUUCCCCUCUUUGAUGCUAAAUUUGGUGUAUUUCAAUGAGGCUUCAGUAUUUUGAACUGGAAGCGCUCUUCUCUGCAAUUGGUGUAUGAUGUUAUUUUGAACUACUAGAGCUUUUGGUCAGUAUUUCCUUUCCUGUAUGUCACAGAGGGCAACAUUGAGAACUGUGUGUAUAGGACUUCAAAAUACAAAAUUAGUGGGACCUCACAGUCAACUUCCUGCUGGCUAGUUUUUUGCCCCUGAUAAUUACAAAUUUUUGUGUUCUGAAUCAUGUUUUCUCUGAUGUUUUUAUCCCUUUCUAGCAUCAUCUCUUAAGGUGUUCUUUCCUAAAGAAAAGAGUUCUUUUUGCCUGGUUCCUCAUGCCUUCCCCACUGCUACUGAGGGGUUUAGAUAAUAAGUUGGUAGGAAAAAAAGUCCCUCCUAGAAGGAAGCCCUCCCUGCCAUUCCCAGGUGCCAACUGCUAAGCAUAUGUGCUGCAAAACUGGUAACUGUCAUGUGCACACUGUGGGUUACUUUUAAUAAGCUUCUUCUUACUAGAACAUUUUAUUUUCCUUGUUCACCAUACAAUCAUGUACUCUUUAACAGAAAUUGCUUUUAAAGAAAAAUCUGGAACUAUCUUUAAAAAACUUUAUUAAUAAUCAUGUAUUUUUACUGAUCACAUUUUGAAAUGCCUAAAAGACUUUAUUGUUCUAAUUAUCCAGAUGUACCUUUGUAAAAUAGCUCUUUUAUGAAUUAGCUGAUAAGGCUGUAUGUUUCUGGAACAAAAUAUUGGUCAUCUAAAACCUUUGUUUUCUGGGGUCUGGGAAAAUAGAAAAUAAGAGUUCAAAUAUUAAAUAAGCUUAAAGGAACCAA